AUGGAGCAACACACGCUUCGCCGCCGCGGCACCGGCCUCCGAGGCGUAGACCAGGACAAACCCACUUGGUGUCGACAGAUGGAACAGAAGCGCACCGCUGGACCCUGCCGUACCGCGCAGGCCGGCACAGCCGCAUCCUCCCCAACGGCAACCUCGCCUACAACAGGCGUGCACCCCGACGCACCACACCUGUUCCCCAUGUGGUCCAAGUACCGCGGCGGAAUGAUGCUGCAAGUCGACCCUCACGGCAAAAUCCAGAAGCAAUACUCCGAUCCUUACGCCCACCACGACCAGAACCACCUCGACGACGGGACAAUCCUCUACACCACCCUCGAGCCACUCACGCCCGCCGAGGCCGCGCGCGUGCGCGGCGGAAUCCCAGGCAGCGAAGCGCCUGACGGGAAAAUCUACGCAGACUGCAUCAAGCUUGUCGAUCCGUGGUCCGUCUCAAACACAUCCUCCUCGGCAGACUUCGAGGGCGCCGGGACAGGCGGCGCGAAGCUGCUCUGGUCAUGGCGCGCAAUCGACCAUCUGGACGGGGAAGAUUUCGCCGCGCACCAGCAUUAUCCGCGCGAGCACUGGCCGCUGAUCAACAGUGUGUCGUUUGACUCUGAAGGGAACAUUAUUGCAUCGUCGCGGAAUGCGUCGAGCGUCUUUGUUAUCUCGCGGGCGAAUGGGGAGGUGUUGUGGCGGAUUGCGGCGCCGACGGUUUGCCAGCAGCAUUGUGCGCAUCAGAUUAAUGAGGAAGGGGAUAUGUUGGUUCUUGAUAAUGGGGUGUUUAGGCCUGGGCUGGCAAUGCCGUUUUCGAGGGCGAUUGUGGUCUCGAAGGAUAAGCAGGUUAAGUGGGAGUAUAAGGAUCGGUCGACGGGUGGUUUGGGCUUUUUCACCCCCUUCAUGGGGUCGGCGCAGAAGUUGGGCAACGGGAAUUUCUUGAUCUGCGAGGCGGCCACUGGUCGUGUUAUUGAAGUGACUGCAGACGGGGAGAUGGCUUGGGAGUUUGUUGUGCCGCAUUUGCAGGACUAUAAAGCUGUCAUGGAUCAACAGGAGCUCGCGCAGAUGGAGGCUAUCGGGUUUUCUUAUCAAAGCAAUGCUAUUUUCAGGGCUUAUAAGUAUCUCCCUGAGGAGAUUCCCUGGUUGCAGAAAGAAAAGUGA